UUUACUUCUGAAGUUAUUAUGUCUUAUAUCAGGUGUAAAUACAUAGAUAUUAGACCAAUAUACUUGGCAAGAUUUCGAGUUUUUGUAGUGAUAUAGCUGUGUGCCAUGCUUUGCCUUUGCAUUUCCUUUGCUUUGCGUGGCAGUGAACUGUGGGAGGCCUGAUGUGGACUAUAACGGACAGGUGUUUGGUACCGACUGGUGGGUGGGCUCUGUGCUGAGGUACACCUGUCGCCCUGGCUUCAUGCUGGUGGGGAACCCGACCAGAACCUGCCAGUCUGACGGCCUCUGGACCCCGAGACCGACCUGCCUCAGAAUGUGUCAGCAGGGACGCGUUGAGGUCAGUGAGAGGGAACUAAACGGGACGUGUAACUCCACCUGUGAGAACAAGAGCUACUUCGGCCCGCCAAAACUGGGCUGCUCUCGGUUAGACAACUGUAGGGGCAAAGAGACCGGCUGGAAGCGGUUCUUUGCACAGUGUGUCCCUUGCAUAUGUGAAUGUGCUUUGUCAUGUGGUGAGUUGCUUCCCCGCCACUCUGUCAAACAUAAAGGACGAACUGUUGUAUAAGGAGACCAUGUUGCAAUGUUGUCUCACUGCCAAUGCACUUCCAUGUGGUUAAUUAUUGCUUAAAAUGUGAACACAAUGACAGCUUGUACGCUGCAGAGCCACGCAUGUUUUUGCUGCUUCAUCCUAUUUUGUGGAAAAUCAGAGGACUUAAAUCCAAAUCUUUUGAGACAUUACUUUUGUAUCUCUGGCACACGGAAGCUAACAAUUUCAUCUUGGUUUUUAUUUAAGGAUUUUACACCGUGACAAAAAGAUUUCAUGUUCAAAUCCCUCCGUGUCAGGAAAUAUUAGCAACGCCUAACUGCUAAAUUCAGUCGAUUUGUGUCAUGUGAGGUGGCAGAAGGGUCAUGAAAAGAAAGUGGGGUGACUUUUAAAACAGUCUCUGAGAGGCUGUGUCAGACUUCGGUCAAAUAUUUAUUUGAAAUAGAAUUCAAUAUUGUCUUAAAUAAAAAGUUUA